UGUGUGUGUGUGUGUGUGUGUGUGUGUGAGUAACUCUCGGCAGCGACAGCAGUAGUUCAGUCUGGUCUAGUCUAGUCCGGUCUGGCUGAGUUCAGAUCGUCUCUGAUCAUGUCCUAAUCAUCUGCAGCGGAUCUUGUUCAGUGUCGAGGUGUCGAGUGUGUUCUUGUAGGUUCGGUUCGGUUCGUAAUGCAGCCUCUAUCGUCUUCGUCUUCAUCAUCUUCAGUGUUUUUUCUUCUUCUGUCAAGUUUUUCUCUCUCUUUGGCGUGUAAUAAAGCUCUGUGCGCCAGCGACGUCAGCAAGUGUCUCAUUCAGGAGCUGUGUCAGUGCCGGCCGGCGGAUGGGAACUGCUCGUGCUGUAAAGAGUGUCUGAUGUGUUUGGGUUCUCUGUGGGAGGAGUGCUGUGACUGUGUGGGCAUGUGCAACCCCAAGAACCUGAGUGAGACUCCGGCGACGGCUAAGAGUACAGUGGAGGAGCUCCAGCGGCCGAUCCCUUCCCUCUUCAGAGCACUGACCGACGGAGACGCUCCCAUCAACAUGAUGGUGGUGUCCUUCCCUGUGUCCGAGGAGCUGUCCUAUCACCAGAACCUGGUGUCCUUCCUGGAGACACUGGAGGACGCCCAUCAGAAUGUGUCUCUGCCCGGGAACAGCAUCCACGCCAGCUACGACACGCAGGAUAAGCAGUGUACGGUGGUGUACUUCGAUGACUGUGUGUCCAUCCGUCAGUGUAAGCAGUACUGUGAGUCGAUGGGAGCGUCUAAGUACCGCUGGUUCCACAACGCCUGCUGCGAGUGCAUCGGACCCGAGUGUCUGGACUACGGCAGCAAAGCUGUGCGCUGCAUGAACUGCCAGUACUGACCCGUGUGUGUGUGUGUGUGUGUGUGUGUGUGUGUGUGAGAGUGUGUGUGUGUGAGUGUGUGUGUGCGUGUGUGCGUGCGUGUGUGUGUGUGUGUGUGUGAGUGACACGAUUAACACGAUAGAGAAUAGAUGCACAGAGUUCAUAUUCAGCUUUUAUUACGAGUCCAGGUUUUUUUUAAGACCGAGUUCAAUCUUUAGUUUGUCUUCAGCAGAAUGUCUGCCAGUAAAGAAUAAAGUCUGCUGUUUUUCAGUGUGUGUGAUGUUGAAGUGAAUCGCUGAAGCGUGCUUUGAUCUGAAUGCGUGUCGUAACGAGCGUUUUGUUUAAUGAACGCAUGGCUUCUUCCUCCGUUUUCACCGAGAGACAAAGAGUUCAUUGAGUCCAGAAUCAGAUCCAGAACAUCAUGCUCUGAGUUUUCCUGCGCUUUCCUUCGUGUCUUUGUCACGCUGAGAUUAUAUUCAGGUUAACUGCAUGUGUUUAUUAUUUCUGUCUCUGGAGCACAGAAGCAGUCAGAAGAUAUUUAUAGAAAUAGACUACACUGUUUGGGUCAAAAUUAUAUAUGACAAAAAUCCUUGGGAUAUUAAGAUCAUGUUCAAUGAUAUUUCAAGAUAUUUAGUAAAUAUAUAACUUUGUCAUUUUACUACUUUGCUAAGAAUUUCAUUUAAACAACUUUAAAGAUGAUUUUCUCAAUUUUUAGAUUUUCUUUAAACCGUUAAUUGACUCUUAGGUUAUUAUUUUUGUUUUAAUUUUUAGGUCUUUGAGGAAAUAAUAGUUCAGUGGUUAAUGGAUUUGAUCUCAUGAACUAUUCAACUCAACUUUAUUUAUAGUGCUUUUCAUGAUAAAAAUGAUUGCUGAAUUUUCUACUUUAUAUUUAGGAGCAGCUGAACUACGUUUUUCUUUCUUCAUUUAGAUCAGGCUUUCCCUAGCUCAUUUAUUUCUAUAAAGUUUUAUUCAGUACAGACUGAUUCAAAGCAGCUUCGCAGAAUCACUGGAAUCGUUCAGAUUCAACAGAGCAGAAGAAAAUACAGUGAUUCAGUUCAGAUCGGUCACAGUUCUGAAUCAGUUCACGAUGUUCAGGGAGUGAUUCAGUUUGAAUCGGUUCCAAAGCUGAAUCACACAUCUUGAUUCUUUCAGGUUAUGUUCUCAUCUCAUGCUGUUCAUAUUGAUAAAAUACUGAACAUUAAUCCAGUGUUCAUUAACAGUCAUCAGAGACCUGAACAAUUUUAUUAAACAUCUUCCCACAUUAAACUCUCUAAACUCUGAGAAAAUGAUGUCUUCAUAGACUGUUGUUCUUGUUAGUUCAUGUUUGCUCAGUGCAUUAAUGUUCAUUUCUUCAGUUCACUUUUAAAACCUUUAAGAGGAUAAAGUAGCAUUUAAUUAACAUGCCAUUUUGUACAGCGGUCAUACUUCAGGCUUAUUAAAGGUUAAAGUAUUUAGCAGUGUUUUUUAAAGAUUCUCAUGAUUGAUUGAAAUAACUAACAAAGCCAUUAAUUCUAUUAAUCAAUAAAAAUCUGCUAAUAAUGUUAAUAUCUGCUGAGUUUUUCCGGCUCACUAACACACUGUAACUCAUUGACCACAGCUUUCUAAACCUCCUGCAGUUCUUUAACCUGCUUUUACACGUCUUUGUUUAAAGCUUUGAGAAACAAGUUCUAAUCUGCUCUGUGUUUUCAGCAGAAUGCUACAGAAACACCAUUUUAACACUGAAUAAAAACAGAAAAAUAAAUAAAAUUAACUCAAGAAGCACAAAAUGAACUGAAAGGUGAGAUUAGAUUCUAACAAAAGUUUGACUGAUUUUCUCAAAGUUCAUAAAACGACUGACCUGGAAGAUUGUGUUAAAAA